AUGGCGGAAGACAAGCCUGAAAUCGUAAUGGUGGGCGACAGAGAAGAGGACAGCCGCAGUGACGCGGACAAGGGUUCAGGAGUGCGGACCAUUGAUAACAUCAGAGUCGUUGGUUUGACAGCGGAAGAUGCUUCGUUUUACGAGAGCUUUACCGACAAGGACCGCAAGACAUUGGUUCGAAAGGUCGAUGUCCGGCUCGUACCCAUGCUAUCCGUCUUGUACCUGAUUUCUCAACUCGACCGAGCCAACAUUGGCAAUGCCAAAAUUGAGGGCAUGAACACGGAUCUCGGACUCACAGGUCUACAAUACAACAUUGCCCUGUCAUUGUUCUUCAUCCCCUAUAUUCUUUUUGAAAUUCCCAGCAAUAUUCUGCUGAAGAAGUUCAAGAGGCCUUCAGUUUAUCUUGGAGCUCUGGUAACUUCAUGGGGCAUCAUCAUGAUGUGCCAUGGCUUCGUCAAGAACUUUGCCGGACUCAUGGUGGUUCGCAUGAUGCUGGGUAUUCUCGAGGCUGGCUUUUACCCUGGUGCUGUUUACCUCUGCACUUUCUGGUACAUGCCAAAAGAGUUGGCAACACGCAUCUCUGUAUUUUACUGCUUCAGUGCGCUAUCGGGUGCCUUUUCUGGUCUUCUCGCGGCGGGCAUCGCCGAGAUGGACGGUGUUGGAGGUUUUCGCGGAUGGCAGUGGAUCUUUAUCUUGGAGGGAAUCUUGACCAUCGUGCUGGGAGUUGCAUGCUUUGCACUUCUCAUUGAUUCCCCAAGUCUAUCACACAGGUGGCUCAGCCCGGAUCAGAUCCGAUACCUCGAGCUACAGCUUUUCAUCAAGCAGGGUGGCCGGUCCACGGAAGAAAACGAGCGUGGGCAUCACUGGCAAGACUUCAAGGCAGUCAUCACAAACCCUCGCAUGUGGGGUCAGGCUUACAUCCUUCUUUGCAUCUCGGCUUGCUCCUAUGGAAACAAAUUUACACUCCCAUCAAUUACCAAAGCCAUGGGCUUCACCAACACCAAUGCUCAGUUGAUGACGGUGCCUCCAUAUAUCGCCGGCGCCAUUUCCGCCAUCUUCUUUGCCCGGCUCUCGGACCAUUUCUAUUGGCGCAUGCCAUUCGUCGCCAUCCCAUUGGGUAUGAUUGCAGUUGGCUACAGUAUCAUCAUCUCCUUCAAGGGAGACCUGCCUGGCCAUGUCGGCGCUAGCAUGUUCGCCGUUAUCCUAGCAUGUAUGGGUAUUUACCCUGUCCAACCGGCAUGCAGCUCAUGGGCGGCAAACAAUCUGGCCCCAUCGUCGCGCAGGGCUAUUGGUGUGGCCUUUGUCAUCGCGACUGGUAACAUUGGUGGCAUUAUCGGGUCAUACAUGUUCUUUGACUCAGAGAGCCCUUCUUACUUUACGGGCUACGGACUUGCCAUUGCCUUUGGAGUUACAGGCAUGCUCAUGUCCUUUGUCCUAGAGGCAUCCUAUGUCUGGUCUAACAAGAAGAGAGCCAAUAUGUCCGAGCUUGAUAUCCGCUCCAAGUAUUCUGAGGAUGAACUUUUUCGCAUGGGAGAUAGGUCGCCGCUAUUUAGGUACACUACUUGA